ACAAGCGAGGAUAGGUCGAGCAGUACAUGGUCAGUCCAUGAUUUAAAAGAAAAAAAAGGAAACACAAGGAUAUGUGGAUUUAAACGUUGUUUUUGUAGCUUUUACGCCGGCUUAGUUACUUACUGUUUGCUACAUAGGUUUUCAUUUUGGCGUGCUGACUGUGUCGCCGUUUGCCCAUUCUCACUGGAGUGAACAUUAAGGGGGACUCCAUGAAAGAUGACAGAGGAGGUGAUUGUUGUAGCCAAGUGGGACUACACGGCCCAGCAAGACCAGGAACUUGACAUCCGUAAAAAUGAGCGUCUCUUCCUCCUAGACGACUCAAAGACCUGGUGGCGCGUUCGCAACGCCGCCAACCAAACGGGGUAUGUGCCAUCGAACUACGUCGAACGCAAGAACAGCCUGAAGAAAGGUUCGCUGGUGAAGAACAUCAAAGACACACUGGGUUUGGGAAAAACUAAGAGGAAGACAAGCGCCCGUGAUGCUUCGCCGACGCCAAGCUCAGACACAGAGUACCCCUCCAAUGGCAGCGGGGGUGGAGGGGUAGGAGGAGGAGCUGCCGAGAGAAUCUAUGACCUCAACAUCCCCGCUGUGGUCAAGUUUGCCUACAUGCCAGAGAGGGAAGACGAGCUGUCCCUGGUCAAGGGCUCCAUGGUCAUCGUGAUGGAGAAGUGUAGUGACGGCUGGUGGCGGGGCAGCCAGGCGGGACGCGUGGGCUGGUUUCCCUCCAAUUAUGUCCAGGAGGAGCUCGGAGGAGCAGAUGACAGAGGAGAGGGAGAUUCCUCACGAGGCUACCAUGGAGGAUCUCAAGGGACUUUGUUGGCCAAUGGGCGUGCAGGCGGCCGCGGUGGAGUGCUCCACCUGGUUCAAACGCUCUACCCCUUCAGCUCUGUAACAGAGGAGGAGCUGAACUUUGAGAAGGGAGAGGUCAUGGAGGUGGUGGAGAAGCCUGAGAACGACCCAGAGUGGUGGAGGUGUAAGAACUCACGUGGCAUGGUGGGCCUGGUACCUAAAAACUAUGUGAUGGUGCUGGACGAGCGGCCCGGCCUGCCCCCCUCUACGUCGAGCUCCCCACAGAACCGCUUCGUGGCACCGGCACGCUCAGGGAAGUUCGCUGGGAGGGACUGGUACUACGGCAACAUCACGAGACACCAGGCCGAGUGUAUACUCAACGAGAGGGGAGAAGAGGGAGACUUCCUCAUACGAGACAGCGAGUCAUCGCCCAGUGAUUUCUCUGUGUCUCUGAAGGCAGUGGGUAAGAAUAAGCACUUUAAAGUGCAGCUGUCAGAGGGAGUGUACUGUAUCGGCCAGCGCAGGUUCAACUCCAUGGAUGAACUAGUGGAGCACUACAAGAAAGCCCCCAUCUUUACCAGCGAACAUGGAGAGAAGCUGUACCUGGUCAAAGCGCUGCUGUGAUUCACACAUCCUCACACCUACACUGGAUCGCACACACACACACAAACACACACUCUCUCAUACACACUAUACACACAUAAUACUAACGCCACUCCCUAACUGUCUUAACUCAAGCCUUAGCUCUGAACCCUCUCGCUGUGGCGUCUGUACCAAGUCCAGAUCGUCAGUCACUCCUCUAGGUUUCAUCGGUCACCCUCUAGUGGUGACCAGGUGAAACUCUUUCCAGCUCUACAGCUGAGCAGUUAACCCCAGGACUGCACUAGGAGAACGCUUACCCAGCCACAUCCUUCAUGUGCAGCACAGUGCAUAAAAAGCCUCUCUAUUCUGGAUGUGCUGACAUGCAGCGACAACAUCUGCUGCAAACAGAACGCCUGAGGCCUUGUUGUGGGUUGAGCUCUCCUUCUGAUGUCAUACAUAAUGUCCAUAUACUACCACGCACAUUGUAGGUUACACCAUUGCUCUUAAUCCACACAGAAACAGUUCAAAGAGGACUCGAACCUCUGAGGGACCUUACUCUGGUGUUGUCCUGUCAUAUUGCUGGCCAUUGUUUUAUUUUGCUCAUUUGUUGUUGUUUUAAAAUGCUUGUUCCUGAGUCGACUUUUUGUUAAAUCUAAUUUAAAUUCCUCUUUGGAGGUUCGAAUCAUUGCUCUUUCAUACAGUGACUUCACAAAGUGACCAGAAUCACUCUUGCCUUUUUCUCCUAAUUUUCGCCAUUCCUCUACACGACUUCUCUCCCCAUUUGAAUCUAUGUCUUUUGUUUCUUUUUCAGAUUAAUCCUUGUUUCCAUCUCCACAGUCCCAGUCAUUAUUAGUUAUCUUAUUGAGAAUCUGGAUACAAUACUUCCUGUAGUACUUCUACCAAGGCAGUGGAGGGAGUGUUAAUGCAAUAGGGGGGAACUCUGAAUUCCUGUAGAGUUUGAAUGUUUAUCAAUGUAACCAAAUGUGCCACCCUGUACCCAUAAUACUGGCUCCAGGUCUGCACUGCACUCACCAUACUUGGCAUUCAUUCAUAGCUCUAUGCUCAUGCUUUAUAUUGUGUCACAUUGAACAUGUUCUUCAGUAUGUGUCUGUAGGUACACAAGAAUACUGAAGAAGAAUAAGAAGAAUAAUAAAAAAAACUUCUUUGGUAACACUUUCCGAGUAAAUACACUUGAUCUCCGCCAGCUCCUGUGAAUGAAUGCAGUUAAAAAAAGUACUUCUCCUAAUGUAGUAUUUGUCAAAGAUAAAUAUAUCUUGUGAUUUCAGAGAAUUUUGCAGGGAAAGUGUCAUUUACACAAAAAGGUAUAUGUGAUUUAGUGAUUUACUAAGACCCCAAAAGUAAACUAAUUAGGAAGGUGUGGCCCUAAGCUCUACAUUUAUCAAUCGCAAAUGAUUUAGAAAUACUUGUUAUUAAACCACGAAACCAGUCCGGCAACAGCUAUUGACUGUUCACUAAACCCCCCUACCAAACAGCUACUGUCCACUUGUAGCUGUGCACAGCGGGUCUGACAAGCUAAGGACGGUAGUAAUAGCUAUACAAGACAUGUAAAGCUAAAGGAUUUAGAGGGAGUGUGUCUUUUUUUUUUACAAGCCUUUCCAAAACCAAGAACCUAAAAAUAAGAAACCCCCUUUUUUUUUGUUCUACUUAUGUCUGAAAUCAAGGACCGAUUAUUUAAGAAAUUGGUAAAAAUUUAAAUUUGCUUUCAAUUUUAAACUGUGCAAGACUGGAACGUUGGACAGUCACAGCAACAGUAACAGAGGCAGGUGGGGCUUAACCAACAGUCAAUUUUUAAUAACAGUCAUCUUUCACUGUCAAGAAACCAAAUAUAUGUCAUCUUUAUUAUAAUGAAAAUAAUUCUAGUCCUACCAAACAUUUUCCUGUUUAUUUUCUUUUGCUAUGUGCAUUUGUUUACCAAUGGAAGUGUUGAUCAUGGGGUCCUCAGCUUUUAUAUGAUAUAUCUGAAUGUUAUUGAGCAUUGUUAUUUAAUUCUUGUCUCCACUGUAUGUAUAUAUUCAAAAUAAGAUGAGGUGCAUAUAUGAAUCGUUAAGAUCCAACUAUGGUACUGUAUCACCGACAACGUGAUGAGAAUUGAAAUACUUUUGUUCAAUAAAAUUUUUUGAAGAAUUCUAAAAUUAGGGUGUGUUGAAAUGUAUGUGGGUAUCAUCUUUGUUAUCCCAGUGGUGAAUUAGAGCUUCAGUCCAUGAAUUCUUGAAGCAAAUCUAUCUUAUCAAUAAGGUAAAACCACAAUCUUUACAUCAUUUAGAUGCAUCACAUUAGAUGC